AUGUCUCCUCAAUCCGUCCCUUUCUCCGUCUCCGGCAAGACCGCUAUCGUCACGGGUGCUGGAUCUGGAAUCAACUAUGAGUUUGCUCAGAUCUUGCUUGGAAAGAACUGCAACGUCGUCAUCGCCGACCUUUCACUUAGACCAGAAGCCGAAGCUCUAGUCUCAAAGUACAAAGACUCCUCUCCCCGAGCAGUCUUUGUCAAAACAGACGUCACGUCCUGGAAAGAUCUUUCCAACGCAUUCAAAACUGCUGUCAAAGAGUUUGGUGACUUUGACAUCGUUUGCCCAGGCGCAGGUGUCUAUGAGCCUCACUUUUCCAACUUCUGGCAUCCCCCGGGCUCCGCUGAAUCUAAAGAUCCCCUUGAUGGCGACCAUUAUAAGUUACUGGAUAUCAAUCUCACGCAUCCUAUUCGUGCUACGCAACUCGCUAUCUCACAAUGGCUUCACGGCUCCCCCAAGAAGGUCUCACCUGAUAACCCCAAGCGUGUGAUUCAUAUUUCUUCUAUCGCAGCUCAAUGCCCCGCUCUCAGAAGUCCCAUGUACGGCGCAAGCAAGUUCGGCAUCACAGGCUUUGUGCGAUGUCUUGCAGAAGUUGAGAAGAUUGGCGUUCGUGUCAAUGCUGUUGCACCUGGUUUAGUGCGCACCCCGCUGUGGACUGAACAUCCUGAGAAGCUGAAGUACGUGGAUGAGGGGCAGGAUGAGUGGGUUACGCCCCAAGAGGUUGCCGAGGCCAUGCUUCUCUGUGUGGAGAGUGACAAGUACCCUGGUGGAACGGUGCUUGAGGUUGGGAAGAACAACACUCGUUGUGUGCAGCUGUUCAAUGAUCCUGGGCCUGAUACGAGUGGCCAGUCGAAGGGAGUUUCUAUUAGUAAUACUGAGGAGGCGGAUAAGAGUAUUUGGGAAUGGCUUGGCGAUAAGUCAAUCUGGGGUUCGACUUUGUAA